AAUUAAAUGUUCAAUUGAAAAGACGAUGAAAGGAAACAGAGGUUGAAAGAACGAUUCUCUUAUUGCAUAUCACAUCACAGAAAAAAGAAGCACUGUUAAUACGUACAGAAAUAUAGUAGUAGUAAAUUUAUACAGCUUGCAAACCCAGAUAAAUACAGGGACAAGGAGAAGAGAAUCAUCAUACUACACUUAAAUAUGGGACUGGGCACGGGAGCAAUUGUGGUGGUUCUGAUGGUAGUGGCCAUGGCAUUUCCAGUUAUAAAUGCGUGUCAUCCCGGGGACAGAGCAGCGUUACUCGACUUGAAGGCAGCUCUUAACGAGCCAUACUUAGGCAUCUUCAACACAUGGACUGGCAACAACUGCUCUCUAGCCUGGUACGGCAUUAGUUCUGACCCAACUACUCAACGGGUCUCUGACAUAAUCCUCCGAGGUGAGUCUGAGGACCCUAUCUUCGAGAAAGCUGGCCGGUCUGGUUACAUGACCGGUUCACUCUCUUCUUCCCUUUGCAAACUCGACAAGCUAACCACCCUCGUCGUUGCUGACUGGAAAGCCAUUGCUGGUGACAUUCCAGCUUGUCUCACCUCCUUACCCAAUCUCCGUAUCCUUGACCUCAUUGGAAACAAACUCACUGGCCCGAUUCCAGCUAACAUUGGUCAACUGAGCAAACUCACUGUCCUAAACCUUGCUGACAAUCAGAUAUCCGGUUCGAUUCCUCCGUCCCUUGUCAACCUUGGAAAGUUAAUGCACCUUGACCUCAGCAACAACAAACUUACAGGCCAACUUCCGUCUGAUCUUGGAAAACUUAGUAUGAUGAGUCGAGCAUUAUUAAACAGGAACCAACUGACAGGUUCAAUCCCAUGUUCGAUAGCCAAAAUAAACAGGUUAGCCGAUCUAGAUUUAUCAAUGAACCAAAUAACCGGUUCAAUCCCUGCUGAGCUUGGGUAUAUGCCUGUUCUUUCCACUCUUAAUUUAGACAGUAACCAGAUUUCAGGUUCAAUCCCUAACAGUCUGCUUAGCAGCUCGGGUUUAAACAUUCUCAACUUGAGUCGAAAUUCAUUAGAAGGAUUAAUACCGGAUGUUUUUGGCCCAAAAACAUAUUUUACCCAUCUUGAUUUAUCGUACAACAACCUUAGAGGUUCCAUUCCAAAAUCAUUAUCUUCAACUAAGUAUAUUGGCCAUUUGGAUUUGAGCAAUAAUCAUCUUUGCGGUCCAAUUCCAACAGGUUCUCCAUUAGACCACCUCGGAGCUUCAUCUUUCUCAAACAACGAUUGUUUGUGUGGAUUGCCACUACGUACUUGUUAAUUUCUUUGUUUUUUCUGUCUAGAUUUUAUGGCUUGUAAUUAACCGAUAAGUAAUAGGUUGAUUACACAUUAUUAUUUCGUGUAUUAUUAAUGUAACGUUUAACCAGCCA